AUGACUCAGCUAUCCAUUACCCACCAUACCUCAGCCAUCCAUUACUCCACCAUGACAGCUAUCCAUUACUCCACCAUGACUCAGCUAUCCAUUACUCCACCAUGCCUCAGCUAUCCAUUACUCCACCAUGACUCACCCAUCCAUUACUCCCAUGAUGCCACAUAUCCAUUACUCCACCAUACCUCAGCCAUCCAUUCCACCAUGGCUCAGCCACCAUGCCUCAGCUAUCCAUUACUCCACCAUGACCCAGCCAUCCAUUACUCCACCAUGACCUGCAUAGCCAUCCACACUCCACCAUGCCCCAGCUAUCCAUCCAAUCCACCAUGCCUCAGCUGUCCACACUCCUCCAUGCCCACCAUGAGACACCAUCAUCCAUAUCCAUUACUCCACCAUGCCCUGACUAUCCAUUACUCCACCAUGCCCAGCCAUCCAUUACUCCACCAUGACCUCAGCUAUCCAUUACUCCACCAUGACUCAGCCAUUACCAUCCAUUAUUCCACCAUGACUCCAGCCAUCCAUUACUCCACCAUGACUCACCCAUCCACACUCCACCAUGACUCACCUAUCCAUUACUCCACCAUGCCCUCAGCCAUCCAUUACUCCACCAUGACUCAGCUAUCCAUUACUCCACCAUGA